AUGCGGCAACAGUUUUGGAGGCGCUGGUCGAAGGAAUAUUUAAGUACCUUGCAGAAUCGGACCAAAUGGAGCCAACAAGGAUCUGCCAGGUUGAUGCCGGGAAGUCUGGUCCUGCUAAUGGACACCACAGCCCCACUCACGUGGAAGCGGGGCCGCGUCACCGAGCUACAUCCAGGGAAGGACGGCGUCACCAGGGUGGUCUCCGUCAGGGUGGACCACAAGAUCGUCAAACGUGCGCUCGUGGCAGAUGGUCCUUCGAAUAUUAUACAAAACAAGUGGAUUAUUUUAAUCUACGCCAGAAAUCACGCUUUACACUUCGGGGAACAUGAGUCAAACGUGGAGAAUUUCGUAAAAUACAUCCUAGAAGAUACUUUUCGGGAAUGCCGAAACCAGUUCCACCAGAGAGUCUUCGAAAAAAUGCUGGAACAAAACCAAAUACAACUAAUAUGGGAUGGAGUCGAUGAGGCAUCUGAUGCCACUCAAAAUUUCAUCUUAACUUUGGUAACUGCGUUUUCGGAAAAAAGAGUGAAGCAAUGGUUGACUUCUCGAAUCAAUUUGAGGGAUAUGUUGGAAAAGGAAUUAGAAAAAAUUAAGACCGAAGGAGAUGAUGUAGGAUUUAUAAGUCACGUUAUAUCCAAAUAUGAUGUUGAGUUCAUUCACAAUUCGUACCGUGAAUAUUUUGCAGCGUUGUAUCUAUUUGAAAACGAACCAUCCAAAGCACAUUUAAAGCUAGCGGAAAAUUCGAAAUGUUUAGUAGGUGUUAUAUAUAAGAAUCUUACAAUUCUAAAAGAAUUUACUGAUGCAGAUUUACUUAAAAAGGAUAUCAUUGGUCGUGACAUUUUGGAAGUAGCUUGCGCUUGGAAUAAAAGUUAUCCACUUGUUAAAAACAAUAUUAUUUUGAAUGGCGGAAGUUUUAAGAGGGAAUGGUUAAUCAGCAAUAAUAAAAAAGUCGUUGAAGCCCUAAAUUAUCGUGGUAUAGCACCAGAAUUUUAUAAAUUCACCGCAUCGCAUCAUCUGUGUUUUAAAAAAUUGAUGAUUUUGUUACCAUUUUUGAUUCCAUUAUAUGACGGGAAUCAGUUCGCUGAAGAAUAUUUAGUGGCAGUUUUAUAUUAUGCAAUUAGGUUUGAUUGUCCAGUAAUAUAUGAGUGUAUUGAAAAUUCUAUUCCUUUAAAAACCACAUACAAUAAUAUAAGUUCAAGAUCCAUUUUAGCUUUAGCUCUUUUUAGUAGGUCAGCACAAAUAUUAAAAAAAGUUCUUUCUGAAAAACGAUUUUGUUCUGAAUGGGACUGCGUAGAAGAACUUCUCAUUUUGAAUUCGGAUAUUGACGAAGUAUUGACUUUUGCGUUACAUUUGCCAGAGUUUAGAACAAAUGUGCCAAAUUCGAGCGGUCAGUCGUUGUCGCAUUAUGCAUGUGAAAACAAUCUAACUAAGACGUUACGUUCAUUAAUUCUCAGAGAAACGAAAAUGAAUAUUCGGAGUAGGAACGGAAAACUUCCUAUACAUCUUGAACUUGAAAAGGGGCACUCAGAUUGUUUAAAACACAUAGCGCAAACAUACGUUUUGGAUAAAGACGGUCGGUUGCCGCUUCAUUACGCUUGUGAGGAUGGAGAUUUAGGUGUGACAGAAAUACUUUUAACGAAUGGUGCAAAAGUUGACAUUCCGGAUGGAGAUGGACGACUGCCGAUACAUUAUGCUUGUAAACACGGAACAUUAAACCUGGUAGAAUUACUGGUCACGAACGGAGCGAAAUUUGAUGUUCCGGACAGAGGUGGUCAGCUACCGAUGCACUAUGCGUGCAGAAACGGGCGGUGGGGACGUGAUCUAAUUUUAUUUUUGUGUAAAAAAGAUGCGAAAGUGAAUGUUUCGGAUGGAGAUGGACGGCUGCCGAUACAUUAUGCUUGUAAACACGGAAGACUAAACCUGGUAGAAUUACUGGUAACGAACGGAUCGAAAUUUGAUGUUCCGGACAGAGGUGGGCAGCUACCGAUGCACUAUGCGUACAGAAAUGAUCGGUGGGGAUGUGGUAUAAUUUUAUUUUUGUGUAAAAAAGGUGCGAAAGUGGAUGUUCCGGAUGGAGAUGGACAACUGCCGAUACAUUAUGCUUGUAAACACGGAACAUUAAACCUAGUCGAAUUACUGGUAACGAACGGAUCGAAAUUUGAUGUUCGGGACAGAGGUGGUCAGCUACCGAUGCACUAUGCGUGCAGAAAUAAUUGGUGGGGAUACAAUAUAAUGUUAUUUUUGUGUAAAAAAGGUGCGAAAGUGGAUGUUCCGGAUGGAGAUGGACAAUUGUCGAUACAUUACGCUUGUCAACGUAGAGAUUUAAACAUGGUAGAAUUAUUGGCAACGAACGGAGCGAUAUUUGAUGUUCCGGACAGAGGUGGUCAGCUACCGAUGCACUAUGCGUGCAGAAAUGUUGUGUGGGGAAGUGAUAUAAUUUUAUUUUUGUGUAAAAAAGGUGCGAAAGUGGAUGUUCCGGAUGGAGAUGGACAACUGCCGAUACAUUAUGCUUGUAAACAGGGAACAUUAAACAUGGUAAAAUUACUGGUAAUGAACGGAGCGAAAUUUGAUGUUCGGGACAGAGGUGGUCAGCUACCGAUGCAUCAUGCGUGUAGAAAUUACGACGCGGGAAAUGAUAUAAUUUUAUUUUUGCUAGAAAAAGGUGCGAAAGUGAAUGUUCCGGAUGGACAUGGACGGCUGUGA